AACUACUUGAUCUUAUCUGAGCAGAAAGCUUGGGACAGCUAUCCCUCUUAGCUGCCCGGCGCCACCUUAUGGCGCUGCCGGUGGCUCCGCCUUAGGGUGGAAAUAGAGCGGGUUAUAACCCUUCAGUUAUUUUCUGCAGUGAAGACUGCCUGCAAUCGAGAGCCUUUAGUGUCAGAAGCUGAACAUUGUGGGCUGUGAUGGUCUCGCGGGCUUAAUUCUCAGUUGGAACAUUUUUGGUAUCAGGAAUUGAGUUUUCCCGUUUUAUAACGGUGAAAACCCUAGAAUUGGUAAACUUUAUUAUCUAAGCCCAAGCGUUAAAGGAACUCAAAAGCCCAAUCUAAAGGUCGACAGAUUCAAGGUUAAUUAGAGGUGCUAAAAUCUACCAACUAACUAAUUGCAAUUAAAAGAAAAAACAAACAAAAACCCUAUCUUUAAAUAACAAAUUAACUAUAGUAUGCAAUAAAAGCAUACAAAAAUGAUUGGUAAAACAAAUAUUGAACUAAAAAUGUCUUUCCAUGACAGAGAAGCAAAUCAAAAAGGGUUAUUACCUCUAAAACCACAAUCAUAGUUCAUAUCAAUUAUUCCCCUCAUCCUCUAUUGAAAGAGAGAGAUGGGGGAUAGGCAAGCAGGUAGGUAUUGGUGUUACAUGUGUUCCCGAGUGGUGAAUCCAACGACAGAGCCUGAAAUCCAAUGCCCUCUCUGUGAUUCUGGGUUUCUGGAAGAAGUGGGCAGCAUAAGAUCCCAUUCCAACAUCAAUCACGCCGCCAUCGAUACAGAAUCUCCCAACAGUCUUUCACUUUGGGCUCCAAUCGUGCUUGGUUUGAUGGGUUCAUCAUCACAGCUGCGUAUUGCAAGCAGGGACCAAGUAACACAGGAUGAUGAACUGGGGAGAGAAGUGGAGUCCUUGAUAAGAAGGAGAACCUCAUCUUCAGCCCUGCCCCUUAGGAUGCUUCAAGGUAUGCGUACAGUAGCAGCAGCUUCUGAAUCAGAAAAUGGUGGAAAUGGAAGUGGUAGAAUGAUCUUGUUUGAUCCAAUCAAUGAUGAAGCCUUGGUUGUCCAAGGUUCAUUUGAUGUUACUAACCGUGUUCAAACUCAUAACCCGAGUCAUAGGUCUGCCGGUUCCUUUGGUGAUUACAUCAUGGGACCUGGUUGGGAUCUUUUGUUGCAGUAUUUGUCUGAGAAUGAUCCAAACCGACAUGGAACCCUACCAGCUUGGAAAGAAGCAGUUGAAGCAAUGCCAACUGUUACUGUAAAUGGCAAUGUGCAGUGUGCAAUAUGUUUGGAGGAUAUUGAGAUUGGAAAUGAAGCAAAAGAGAUGCCGUGUGAGCAUAAAUUCCAUGAUGGGUGUAUUAUUCCAUGGCUUGAACUUCAUAACUCUUGUCCUGUCUGCCGGUUUCAGUUGCCGUUGGAUGAUUCCAAGACCGAGCCAAAUGGCAACAGGAAUAGUGGCAGGAUAGGAACUGGAAGAAGGUAUUGGAUCCCUAUUCCAUGGCCUUAUGAUGGUUUAGUCACCUUACCCGGUUCUCAAAGUGAAUCCACUUCACCUCCCUCAUUAGAGGCUAUUCCAGGAAGUGAAAAUGCAGCUCAGGGAGAUGAUAACUGAACAUUUUUAUGCAUAUAUUUGUCUGCAAUGAGCUUGUCUUUUUUGCUGCUGUUGGAAAACAAAGAAUUUAUAUGUAUUUUGUAUCAAUAAGCUCUUGAAAAAAGGACAAAUCAAAUUAAAUAUUUCCUCAUUCAUGUGAAAA